UUAGGGUUUUUGUAUCCUGUUUUGAUUUGGUUAGGUUACUCAGGUCUGGUUAGUUAAAACUCGACAGUAAGAGAGAGAGAGUUGGCUUCAGAUCUGAAAAGUGUUUCCUCUUCGGGCCAUGGGAUUCUCCGGCGUCGUUUCGUUUAUCUCUUCUUUUACUUGGUGACUUUAGUUAGUUGAUUAUCUGAGAAUACUAUGUCACGCCCUUUCUUCCACAACCUUAUCCUCUCAUCCACUAUCAUCAACUAAAACCCGUCAGGACUAAGGAAAGCUGACAACAAUAUCCACUUCCUUUUGGUUUUCAGUUACAAAGGUACUCUCUUAUGAACAUGGAUUCUGCACAAAAUGAGUUCAACAAACGCGCUCGAUUGUUUGAAGACCGUCAAAAAGAAGAGACGAGGGUCACUCAUCCAUUGAUCCCUAAAUCUAAUGCACCCCUGAAUGAAGGGUAUGAGGGUUCUACCACCACCCAGAGCUUGUUCACUGAUUCUAAACCUGAAGUGGCGACUCCGAAAGUACCUAAGAAGAGAGGAAGGAAGAAGAAGAAUCCUAAUCCCGAGGAAAUAAACUCGUCGACUCCGGAGAACAGCUCAAAGUUCUACAAGAGUGCUUCUGAUAGAAAGAGAACUGUAACUGCUGAGGAAAGAGAGAGAGCCAUCAGUGCAGCCAAAACGUACGAGCCGACCAAUCCUUUCUUUAGAGUUGUUCUGCGACCAUCGUAUCUGUACAGAGGCUGCAUCAUGUACUUGCCUUCUGGGUUUGCUGAGAAGUACCUGAGCGGGAUAGCUGGUUUCAUCAAGCUUCAGCUCGGGGAGAAACAAUGGCCAGUGAGGUGCCUUUACAAAGCAGGGAGGGCUAAGUUUAGCCAAGGAUGGUAUGAGUUCACACUCGAGAACAAUAUAGGUGAAGGAGAUGUUUGUGUGUUCGAGCUUCUCAGAACUCGAGAUUUCGUUCUGAAAGUCACCGCCUUUCGCGUCACUCAGUACGUGUGACACUACAACAAAGCAAUCUGGUUUGCCAAAGUUCAGUUUCAUGUAGGGCCCUUUUAAUUAGUUUCUUUCUCUCUCUCUCUCUUGCAUUUGUUGGAGAAUCAGUCUGGUUCUAUGGGUUUUAGAUGUGUUCUGAGUGAAAUUUCAGAUUCCUAUGUUUGUUGUUGAUAAGUAUUUGAAGUUUGGUGCAAAAACUGUGUGUUUGAGUGGCAGUUAGGGUCAAUAGUAGCGUUGUAAUUACAUGUAUUGGACUGGUCAGUGAAUCAGGAGAAUGAUGUUUAUGUGAAUGUUGAUUAUGAAUUUAUGACUGGUUUAAGGGCUUUUGA